AUGAUACUAUUAAGAAGUCGGAUCACAAUUGGUCUUAUACCGAGAGGUAUCUUAAAAACAAGAAUUAAGCCACACCAAUUUUUCAAACAACUACCUCGAACCAAUCUUAAAUCCAACUCACCAUUACUACUACAACUUCGAUACAGUUCAAAUACUACCUCAUCAUCUAUUACUUCACAAAAUGAUACAGUGACUAGCACUAAACCCAUAGACGAGAUAUCUAAAAAAGAUAAGUCUCAUUUAUUCAAAGAUAUCAUCAAAUUAUUAAAACUAGCCAAACCUGAAUCCAAAUUAUUAAUUUUUGCAAUUAUUUGUCUAGCUAUAUCAGCAGCCACAUCCAUGUCUAUUCCUUUGAUUAUUGGUAAAAUUAUGGAUACAGCAAAAGCUCCAACAGAUGAGACUAAAGAAAAAGUGGACGACCCUGUAGGAGAUGAUACAUUAAUUUUCGGUCUAACAUCAACUCAAUUUUAUUCAUCAUUAGGAUGUUUGUUUCUACUUGGAUCAUUUGCAAAUUUUGGUAGAGUCUACUUACUAAGAACAGUAGGAGAAAAAUUAGUUGCUAGAUUAAGAUCAAGAUUAUUUUCAAAAAUAUUGGCACAAGAUGCAUAUUUUUUUGAUAUUGGACCAACUAAAACAGGAAUGAAAACAGGUGAUUUAAUAUCAAGAAUAGCUAAUGAUACCCAGAUUAUUUCCAAAUCACUAAGUUCAAAUAUUAGUGAUGGGAUGAGAAGUAUCAUUUCUGGAGUUGUUGGAAUAUCUAUGAUGUGUUAUGUUUCUUGGAAAUUAACAUUAUGUAUGAGUUUAAUGUUUCCUCCAUUAAUUUUGAUGUCAUUCUUUUAUGGACGUAAGAUUAAAGCAUUAUCGAAAUUAAUUCAAGAAAAUAUUGGAGCAUUGACUAAAGUUACAGAGGAAAGACUAAAUGGGAUAAAAGUAAUUCAAUCUUUUGCUCAACAACAACCAAUAGUUCAUGGAUACAAUAAAGAAAUUAAAAAUAUCUAUGAUACUUCAUUAAGGGAGGGAAAAUUAUCUGGUAUUUAUUUUUCUGUUAAUGGGUUUAUUGGGAAUAUUACAAUGAUUGGUUUAUUAAUUAUUGGUACUAAGCUCAUUGGAAUGGGUGAAAUGACUAUCGGUGAUUUAUCAAGUUUUAUGAUGUAUGCAGUGUAUACGGGUUCUUCUGUAUUUGGACUAGGUAAUUUUUACACGGAAUUAAUGAAAGGUAUUGGUGCUGCAGAAAGAGUUUUUGAGUUGGUAGAAUAUAAGCCAAACAUUUUAAAUAAUAAAGGUUAUAAGCAACAAUUAAGUGGUGAUAUUAUCUUGAAAGAUAUAGAUUUUUCAUACCCUUCUAGACCUGACCUCAUUUUCAAAAACUUGAAUUUACAUAUUAAAGAAGGUGAAAAUGUAUGUCUUGUUGGUCCAUCAGGUAGUGGUAAAUCCACUGUCAGUCAAUUAUUAUUAAGGUUUUACGACCCAGAUGGAGGAACAAUCACCGUUGGAAGUGAGAGUCCUGUUAAAAUCAAAGACCUUAAUUUAAAUAAUUAUAGAUCACAAUUAGGUUAUGUCCAACAAGAACCACUUUUGUUCAGUGGUACAAUCAGAGAGAAUGUUACGUUUGGAAAAGAAGAUGCCACUGAAGAAGAAAUUGAAACAGCAUUAGAUUUGAGCCAUGCAUCUGCAUUUAUUCAUAAUUUACCUGACGGUAUAGAUACUAAGAUUGGAGCAUCAACAUCAACUCAAUUAAGUGGAGGGCAAAAACAAAGAAUAUCAUUAGCAAGAACUUUAAUUAAAAACCCUAAAAUCUUAAUUCUUGAUGAAGCAAGUUCAGCAUUAGAUUCUAUUAGUGAAGAACAAGUAAUGAAAAAUUUAAUUUGUUUGAAUAGGAAAAAGGGAACAACAAUUAUAUCAAUAGCUCAUAGAUUAUCAACUAUAAAGAAUAGUGAUAGAGUAAUAGUUUUUAAUCAAAAUGGUGAAAUUGUAGAAGAUGGUGAAUUUAUAACUUUGCAUAAUGAUCCUAAUAGUCAAUUCAAUAAAUUAUUGAAUACAAAGGACCUUAAAUAG